UCGAAUGGCCUCCACUCAGUGCAGUGACAAAGCUGUGUUUCUCUGUGUCUUGUUUUGACAGCCGGAGACUGAGCUGAGCCCAUCCGUCCCCUGCCACUGACCCCUCUAAUCACAUCAGGAGCUCUCUGAUGCUAAUCAUCUCUCCCAGGAGACCCUUCACAUGGCAGCUCACUGGAGUUUAUAUGCUAGGCUGGAGUUAUGCUACCAGGCAGCCAAAACGAAUUACAGGGUCAGAAGAGCAUAGCUUCAUAUCUGAGAUUUAAGCAGUCAUGUACGAUGCGACAAGGGUGCCGUCACCUAAGGAUGGUGUAAACGCAGUGGCCCAACCUGUGGUCCCUGGAACUGAACCUGGAACAGCGGCAGGUUCGGGAGGGCCAGCGGCCACGGCGGUGCUGCAGGCCAAAACCGAGGAGGGCCAGGCGGGUACAGAGGAGGACGAGGAGCUGAAACUGGAGCCUGUCCUGGUGAAGAAGCCGCACAGAGAGAUUUUGGACCACGAGCGGAAGAGGAGGGUGGAGCUGAAAUGUAUGGAGCUCCAAGAAAUGAUGGAGGAGCAGGGGUGAGUAGAUGAGUCCUUUUAGAAGUUGCCAA